CCUUGACCAGCUUACCUGUCCAUUCUCUUCACACUGUUCAUAUCAAUUCUCUCUUCAUAGUCAUACUCAGAGACUCAUUUACGCAGUAGAGAUGGAUUUCUCAACGAGCGCCAAAAGAAGCUGGGGUACAGACGAUCCAACAGCAAUCGUACGAAUGUACGCGGAAUAUAUGAAGCCCGGGAGGUGGCGGCCACAACCUGAUAUCAAACAUUUGCAACUACCUUAUUAUGCGCAAGACGAGUCUCUCCCUCCAAUACCUACCCCUGAGGAGAUCGACGACGCCCUCUUUUCAGACCCACGUAACCACUUCGGGCCGGGCGACGUCAAGCGCAACGUUCUCCGCGUCAAAUCUGUUUACGCGGUCAAAAUUGGGGGUUCCACCAUUGCACAGGAAGCCGAAAACUUAUUCUUCCUGCAGGAGCAGAAUGUUACUGGGCUAAGGUUGCCAAAGCUGUACGCAGUGUUUCAUCAUCAGGGAGCAGAUCCAACGGGGAGAUACCGGAGAAGACCGCAAAUGUACCCGGACCGGUCCAAAUGGAAGGCGUAUUACUAUCUGAUCAUGAGUUAUAUCGAAGGCGAAUCGAUCAGUGAAGAAUUCUGGGGGUCAAUAGACCGCGAAGCUCAACUCAAAGUGUACAGAAAACUAGGCGAGCAGGUAGAAUUGCUACGUUCUAUUAAACCCCCACAUCCGAAUUAUUAUGGGCGAGUUUACGACCAGCCGCUUCGUGUCGACUGCCCUUACACGAACUAUGCGACCUUUGAAUUCUUUGGCCCGUUUCACUCGUACGAAGCUUUCUUCGAACAGAUGUUGAAAACUUGGGAGAGACGCAUUCUGUAUCAUGCAAGCUUCUCAAGGGCAAGAGGCCUAACCCUUGAUAACGUCUUGGAUUCUAAAGGCAUGCCAAUAUUCGAUCCAGAGGUUCAAAAGGCUGCCGUAUGCUUUCUACGAAACGUUGGUAACAAGGACUCGGUGGCCGACCGCUCUGUGCUCACGCAGAGUGACUUUAACGCUGGAAAUAUCAUGCUCGUGCAGCCGAAAUCAGGGCCAUUUGCCUAUUCAAAGCGCAAAGAGGAGUGGGAUGUCCAUUUGGUUGACUGGGAGAGAAUGGCAUGGCUACCAGCCUGGACAGAGAUUGAUCGAGCCCUUCUUUACACGCCCGCAUGCUUGUUGGGCGACGGGUUCCCUACUUGGGGUUCACUUGAAUGGACCCUAAUUGCCAUUUUUGCGGGUGAGAGUUCAUGCACCUUUAGAAAAGCGAAAUGGUACGCAACGGUGGAUAGAGAGUUCUUGACAUCACAGGAAAUUCUCAAACAUAAUCGGAAGAGUAGUUUCGAUUAGCAUUAACCAAUGCAGAGUACUCCAAGGUAAGUGGGAUGGGCGAGGCAUGACUUAAGCAAUCUAAACAUUUAUGAAUCAACC